AUGUUCGCUCUCGCCACCAUCGCUGCGUCGGCCAUCGCGGCUGCCGUCGCGCAGAGCCCAUGUCCGUAUAGCGAGAUUGCAUCCACCAAGAUCUUUGCCUUUGGUUCGCCGUACUGCAGCAGCGCGUCGUCCUACUGCCUCCUCGACAGCACUUGCGCUGUCACCGAAGCGUCGCUCUCGUCCGACUGCCCGAACCCGUGGGAAUCGUCGGGUGCCAACACGCGCGUGCCGUGCGCCGACCGCGUGACCGCCAUCGGCGACAUUCGCGCCUCUGCCCGCGCCACCAACGACAUGCGCUUGGUCGUGCGGCACAGCGAGCUCGUGUCGACCGCCAAGAUGGUGCUGCCCCAAGAGCUCGCCGAGCUGACGUUGCAGUAUGCGUCGUUUCCGCCAGGAGCGACCUUUACGUGGCCCAUCGCGCUCAAAAAGCUAUGGAUCGAAAAAUCGGGCUGGACGCAGUGGCCUGCCAACUUGCCGGCGUCCAUUACGCACUUGCGCGUGCUCGAUCUCAACUUUACGGCAUUGCCUCCGCAGCUGGACAACCUCCAGCACGUGAGUGUCUUUUCCCCGGCGCUGACGCAGCUCGUCGAUUUGGAUUGGUCCAAACUCGCCCACUUGCGUCUCGGGGUGCCAAAAGGAUUCAAGGACGCGUGUGCGCUCACUACAUUUGUCAACGUCACGCUCUCGUCGACGCUGCGCCGCCUCGAUCUCGCGGGCUGUCACUUGACCAAACUGCACUUGAGCCAAGAGUCGUAUGCUGCGAUUGCCAACUUUACUCUCACGCGCAACAACACGGACGCGCGCGACGCCAACGACUUUAAAUCGACCGUCGACGACACGACGAUCGUGUCGGAUCCCGCGGCGUGCGCGGCGGUCGGUGGCGCCCUCACGCCGCUAUGGCCGCAGUUCCAAGAGGUGACGCGCCAGGUCUACACGGUGUGCGUCACGCCCGCGACCGUCGCCGCGUUGCCGCCGGUAUCCGCCGUGGCGACUGCGUCAUCCGACGCCAGCGGCUCUGACGUUGGACUGGCCGUCGGUGCGUCGGUCGGUGGUGUCGCGCUGAUUGGCUUUGUCGCCUUUGCGCUCAUGAAGCGCCGUCGGUCCUUGUCGCCGACGCCGACGCCCAAGACGCCGGACGACAACAACGGCCAUGAGAGCGGAAUACUCGACUCGACGUUUGCGUUCCACACCAACACGGACGCUCCCAUGUCGACCGCCAUGCAAGAAAUUCACUCGCGGAGUCUCGAAGAGCUCGCGCCCAUCAAGCUCGACGACUCGUCGCUGCAGCUCAAGAGUAUUCUCGGCUCCGGCGCGUCGGCGGACGUCUGGUUUGGCUACUACCGCGGCGACGCGGUCGCGAUCAAGCGCUUUGUGCACCGCGACUCGGCCGAUGACACGCAAGCGUUCGUCGACGAGAUCCAGCUGUUGCAACGGCUCGACUCGCCCUACAUUGUGCGCAUGAUUGGUGCGUCGUGGACGCGCCCGACCGACCUCAAGUGCAUUCUCGAAUACAUGGACCAAGGCGACUUGCGCGAGUUCCUCCUCCACCAUACGCCCAUCGAGUUCAACUGGGCGGCCAAGACCCGGAGUCUGUGGGCGCUUGCCAAGGGCAUGGUGUACUUGCAUGCGAACACGAUCAUUCACCGCGACCUCAAGUCGCGCAACGUUCUUCUGGAUUCAAAGAAGGGCACAAAGCUCACCGACUUUGGCGUUGCCCGCGUCGAUGUGCAGGCGACAAUGACCGCCGGUGUCGGGACGUUCCGCUGGAUGGCGCCCGAGGUGCUCAUGUAUGGUCGGUAUUCAGUUGCCGCCGACAUUUACUCGUUCGGAAUGCUGCUCUCCGAGUAUGACACGCACGCGAUUCCAUACGACGACAAGAUCAACCCGACGACGGGCUUGCCGCUGGUGGACACGGCCAUCAUGGCGCGCGUCCUUGAAGGCUCGAUCCAACCGACGUUCUCGGCGAGCUGCCCCGACUGGAUCUACAACAUGGCCAUGGCCUGCCUCAAAUUUGACCCAAACGAUCGCCCCACCGCGACCGAGCUCGUCGACGUUUACAUCGCGCCGCAUCUCACGUAAUGCAAAAGUCGCCUUCUGAUCAAUUAACUUGUAAGAAAGCAUUAGAUUGUCGUUUGAGC